ACCGGGAGUGUUGCUAUCCAAACUUUGUGUCAUUGUUGUUGCUUUACCUAUCGUUUGGCGAAGCAAAAUGCGUGUUGGCUUACGGUAGGGAUAGUUUUUAAAGCGAUUUACGAUGGAAUUCCCGUUGUUUGAAGCGUUGAGUGGCGGGUUGAAUGGCACAAACAGCACCAACUCUACCAACAUCACGGAAAGUGGUGACCACGGCAGCGGCGGCCACGGAUCUGAUGAUCCACACAUCCACAGCGGACAUCACGAACAACCAUACGUCAUUCUCUUUCUCUUCGCUUCUUUCGCCUUAGGAGCCCUGGUCCGUACGCUGUUGAAGAUCGUGCCGGGAGACUUGCCGUACACGGUGGUGCUGCUGGUACUGGGGAUCCUGCUGGGUCUAGCGUCCUCCCGCUCACCGGGGUUCGCGCACUACACCGCUAUCGUCCACAUGAACCCGCACAUGCUCUUCCACGUCUUCCUGCCUGUCCUCAUCUUCGAGUCGGCCUUCGCCAUGGACACGCACAUGUUCUGGAAGUCUAUAUACCAGAUCCUGAUCAUGGCCCUGCCGGGCUUACUGUUAGCCUCGCUCCUGACCGGAAUCCUGUCCAUGUACACGUUUGACUACGGCUGGAACUGGUACGUGGGGAUGAUGUUUGGAUCUAUCUGCAGCGCCACGGACCCUGUAGCUGUGGUGGCACUGCUGAAGGAACUAGGCGCUUCCAAGCAGCUGGGGACCGUGAUAGAAGGCGAGUCUCUGCUGAACGACGGCUGCGGGAUCGUCAUCUUCACCAUGUUUCUCAACCUGGCUAUAGGGGUGCAGUGGUCAGCCGCGGACUUUGUCAUCUUCAUUGUCAAAGUCAUGAUCGGCGGACCGGCCUUCGGGUUUUUCAUGUCCAAGUUGACGUCGUUCUGGCUGGCCAACAUCUUCAACGACGCGCUGACGGAGAUCACCAUCACCCUGGCGUCGACGUACAUCACGUUCUACGUGGCAGAGGUGUUAGGUGUGUCAGGUGUACUUGCUGUGGUUAUCCUGGGGCUGACUAUGGAGAGGACCAGCAUCAGUCCGGAGGUGGAGUCUUUUCUACACAGGUUUUGGGAGAUGAUGGCUUACCUAGCGAACACCGUCAUCUUCAUCCUGGUAGGAGUGAUGAUCAUGGAGAAGUCCAUCCACAUGAUAGAGGACAACGACUGGUUCUACAUCAUCACUCUGUACUUCGGCAUCAACGUCAUCAGACUGAUCGUUAUAACCAUCCUGUCCCCGGCCACGUCGCGGGUGGGGUACGGGAUGUCGUGGCGGUACGGCGUGGUGACGGCGUGGUCCGGGCUGCGCGGCGCCGUGGGACUCGCCAUGGCCCUGCUCGUCAUGCAGCAGGAGUUCGAGACCGGCUCCAGCGUUGACUGGAAGAUAAAUGUCGCCAACAAAGUCCUCAUCCACAUCGCCGGCAUCGUGUUCCUGACUCUGCUCAUCAACGCCACGACCAUCAAGGUGCUGCUGAAGCUACUGGGCAUGAGCGAUAUCUCUGCGCCCAAGCGCAUGACGAUGUACAGCGCCGUACGGCGGGUGAAGGACGCCCAGAACCGGUCCUUCCAGAUGCUGAAGGGGGACCGCUUCCUGGCCGACGCCGAGUGGAACCUGGUGGAGAAGGCCUGCGAGAUUCAGGACCCGUACAAGACCAAGGACGAAGAAGUGAACGCAGAGGAGUUUGUUCCGUUCCAAAGAAUGAGCCAGUGUCAGGACUGUAAGUCCAUGGUACCGAACGAGCCCUCACCGCGGGAGUACCAGGACAUGGCGGAGGAGGCAAGACUUCGCACACUCAAGGCACAGAAGGUGAGCUACUGGAAGCAGUUUGAGCACGGUAUGUUGAACCGGGAGGCGGUGCGCGUGUUGGUGCAGGCCACGGAGUCAGCGGCGGACAGUAUGGGCGAGUUUGUGGACAUUGAAGAGAUAAAGAAGCACUGGAAAAUCAAGGGGCUGCUGCCAAAGUUGAGAAAUAAACUAGAAGAGUUGGUGACGGACAAGCAGAAAGAUCAGCUGCCCAAGCCUGAACACAAGGUCCUGCGAACCGUGUUUAUCAUCGUCUGUCACCCUGCGUUUGAAUGGACCAUCAACGUGCUCAUCAUUCUCAACCUUAUCCCCAUCAUCAUCGAGUUCGUCAUAGAGGAAUCACACCCGCAAUUUCCAGAGUAUCAGUUCUACUUGAGAAUUACCAACUACAUCUUCUUCGUCAUCUACGUCUUGGAGGCCAUCUUAAAGAUCGUGGCGUUGCGGAAGCACUACUUCUUCUCCCACUGGAACCAGUUCGACCUGUUCAUCAUCGCCGUGUCAAUCAUCGACAUCGUCCUGGACAACAUCUUCGGCAACGUCGACUUCAACCCCGCCAUCUUCCGCAUCGCCAAGAUCUUCCGUCUCCUCAGGGCGAUGAGGAUGCUCAGACUGUCUAAGGCAGCGAUUCCCCGGAUGAUCAAUGUCAUCGACAACCUGAUCAAUAAGAAACUGAGUUUCGGGUAUGACGUCGGGAAGGGCUUCGUGGUGGGUGAGGAGGAGGUCAUGAAGCUGAUCCCGACCAUCAUCGACAACAAGGCCAUCGCGCGGGAACUUCGACAGAAGUCCGACAUCAGCCGGAGAGCGGUCAUCCGUGAACUCGGUCUGCUGCAGCGCGACCACCCCGGCAUUGCCGUGUCGGUGAAGACCCGACAGUCCAUGCGGGCCGUGCUGAACCACUCCCGCGACACCAUCAGAGAGAUGCAGGGCGGGGGGCUUCUGGACGAGACGGAGGCCAAAAAACUGGAGAUGGUUGUGGAGAUAAAGAUGAAGCAGCUGGCCCGGGCCCCGCCCUCCAUCCCUCCUCCCAACCCUGAGCAGCUCCUCAGGCACAUCUCAUGGCUGGAAGGAAACGCCGAACUUACAGAGUUCAUGAAGGCUCGGGCGAAGUUGCUGUUUCACGACUUUGGUUCAACUCUUUGCAAACAAGGCGAACAACCUAGAGGUCUGUUCCUCAUCGUCUCGGGUAUGGUAAAGCUUCGCGGCGCGGCUGUGAAGUACACGGACUAUGAGACCCAGCACAGCAUGGACGAUGACCUGGACGUGUACGAGGACUACCUGACAUCGGGAAACAUCAUCGGCGAGAUCGGCAUUCUCAACAAACAGCCGCGGUCAACCAGCGUGUCCUGUGAGACGUCUGUUCAGACGUACUACAUCAGUGCGGAGGACAUGGAUAUGGCCUUUGACCUGUUCUCCAGUAACUUCCUGAAGGCGAGAAUCUGGCGUGUUGUCGCCAUCCGCAUCUCCACUCCCCUGCUGCUCAAGACUCUGGCCUACCAGGGUUGGACGCACGACAAAGUGCGGCUGCGCCUGGAGACAGGCUACAUGCCCACCAACCUGGUCGACCGACGCUCCUUCGAGAUCGACCACACCAUGGAUGACGUCAUCCUGGUGCAGGGGCAGGCGGGGAGCCCGCACACGGGGGAGGAGUUCGUGGCACCCUGCAUCAUCCCGCGUACCGUCCACAAACUGGUGCUCAACACGGAGGAAGGCGUGCUCCCACCACAGUUACUGGUUGUCCCCAACAAGGAGGUUAUCAUAGAGGAGGACACAAAACGGCGCAACUCCAUCUACGGCCUGACGCCUUCACGUGAGAGCUCCCUGUGUCUCCAACACGCGGCCCAGCGCCGCAGCAGUCACAACCUCCUCAGCAAGAGAAGUAGUUCCAGCAUGUUCAGACGGCCAAAGUCUGGCAAAACUGUCAGCAUCACCCUCCCCACCCUGGAGACGGCAUCGGAUGGUACAACCCGCCGCAGGACCGAUCUACAGCCAAUCAAAGACGUCACGCCUUCCGAGGAGUUCCAACUUUGAUGCCGCUGUACAGAGAGGACCUGUGACGUUCAGCGUCCUGGCUAAACCUUGGUGCAACCAACUUCUAUCUUUUCAAACUUUGUUAAUCGUUUCGUAGAUGUAAAGGAAAACUAAGAGGAAGCAGAAUUUCAAAAGGUCCACAAUUUUCGCGUUUUUUGCACCAAAAUGAAAACCAGGAGGCUGGAAUGCCGUCCAGGCUUCUCUCAGGUUUGUGAAUAUGAAUGAAAUACGACUUCCUCUCAGGUUUCCUCUUCUUCUUUUGAAGGUGAUCAAAGUUAAGAUUAGCACAAUGUUUUAAAGUCAAUUUUCUGUUUAUUUCUUUACACAGUACCCUCAUAAUGUCAUUCCAUAGCAUUAUAUUCAGGAUGUAAAAUGUGACAUAUUUGCCAUAUAAAGGUGUAGAAAAACUGUUAGUCUAUUUGUUAAUGCCCAGCCACUGUACAAUAUGUAUGUUUACUGCUAUCACCAUAAGAUUUGAUUUGAUGAGGCAACCAUAUGAGUCAAUUAGUUUUUGCACUGUUUGUAAAAGUAUUAAGUAUGAAAUAACUAUCCAGAUGUGCUAAAACGUUGAUGUUAAUGGCAAUAACAUGAAGAUUUCGUUAUGAAGAACAUUUUUAGUUUUGUCACCGAAAUCCUACAGUGAGCACCUUUAAGUUGCGUAACAAAAAAAGUGGGUAAGAAAUCGACCAGAAGUUUCAA